CGUCGUCGUCGCCGUCGCUGCCGCCACCGUCACCCUCACCACCGCCGUUGCUGCAAAGGACGAUGCGCAAGAAGUCGUAAGGAGCAGCGGAGGGAUAUGAUGCACCCCGUGUCCCGGAGGGGGCGUCCGCUGCUGGCCGGGUGGUGCUAGGGCCUGGCGCGGGCAGCUCCCCUAGUGAGAGUCCGAACAUUUUCGAAUCGAAGCGGCGCGACGUCGAACUCGACACGCUGGUGGAGCGGAGCGUCGGCCGGGAGCAGCCGACGCGUGGAUAAUCACGGAUCGCGACGCCAGUAGCGCGGGUAUACGCGGGUGCGUGCGUGCCUUACAAAAUGGCGGACCUCGAGGCGGUGCUUGCGGACGUGAGCUACCUCAUGGCCAUGGAGAAGAGCAAGAGUACGCCGGCGGCGAGGGCGAGCAAGAAGAUCGUCCUGCCAGAUCCAAGUGUUCGAAGCGUUAUGCACAAGUACCUUGAGAAGAACAACGAGGUGAACUUCGACAAAAUAUUUAAUCAAAUGCUGGGUUACCUUCUAUUCAAAGACUUCUGUGAGAACACGUCGGAAGACCCAAUCUCGCAACUUAGAUUUUACGAGCAGAUAAAAACGUAUGAGAAGCUCGAAUGUCCGGAGGAGAGAAGGAAGCUUUCUCGAGAGAUCUACGACAAUUACAUAAUGAAGGAACUGCUGGCUCACACGCAUGAAUAUUCAACUGACGCUGUGUCUCACGUGCAAGAGUAUCUGAUAAAAAAUGAGGUUCCUGUUAACCUAUUUGAGCCAUAUAUUGAGGAAAUUUUUAAUCAUUUACGAGGAGAACCAUUCACAAGGUUCCUUGAGAGUGAGAAAUACACUCGUUUUUGUCAAUGGAAGAAUCUCGAGCUCAAUAUCCAACUAACAAUGAACGACUUUAGUGUGCAUCGAAUAAUUGGUAGAGGUGGCUUUGGUGAGGUCUACGGCUGCCGGAAGGCAGACACCGGCAAGAUGUACGCGAUGAAGUGCCUCGAUAAGAAACGUAUUAAGAUGAAGCAGGGCGAAACUUUGGCUCUCAAUGAGAGGAUAAUACUCUCCUUAGUCAGUACAGGGGUCGACUGUCCGUUCAUAGUUAACAUGACGUAUGCGUUUCAUACGCCUGAUAAACUCUGCUUCAUUCUUGAUCUAAUGAAUGGCGGCGACCUCCAUUACCAUCUGAGUCAACAUGGAGUAUUCAAUGAGCCCGAAACGAAGUUUUACGCAGCGGAGAUAAUUCUAGGGCUCGAGCAUAUGCACCAACGUUACAUCGUCUAUAGGGACCUGAAACCCGCCAAUAUUCUAUUAGAUGAACAUGGACACGUCAGGAUAUCGGACCUCGGACUUGCCUGCGACUUCUCCAUGAAGAAACCCCAUGCCAGCGUCGGUACGCACGGCUAUAUGGCACCGGAAGUCGUGUCCAAGGGUACAAUGUACGAUUCGAGUGCUGAUUGGUUUUCGCUUGGCUGUAUGAUUUUCAAGCUCCUCGUGGGUCAUAGUCCAUUUCGACAAUUAAAAACGAGGGACAAAAAUGAGAUCGACCAUAUGACACUUACAACGAAUGUAGAGAUGCCGAAGACGUUCUCGUGGGAGUUGAGUUCGUUGCUGGAGGGUUUAUUUCAGCGCGAUGUUAACAAUAGGCUCGGGUGUCGGGGGGGCGGCGCCGACGAACUUAAAGAGCACGUCUUCUUCAGCGGCAUCGACUGGCAGCAGGUUUACCUACAGAAAUAUACACCACCCCUGAUUCCACCUCGAGGCGAGGUCAAUGCCGCCGAUGCCUUUGAUAUCGGCUCUUUUGAUGAAGAAGACACCAAAGGCAUUAAGCUCACUGACGCCGAUCAGGAUCUCUAUAAAAACUUCUCUUUGGUCGUAUCUGAGAGAUGGCAAGCUGAAGUAUCCGAAACCGUGUUCGAAACCGUCAAUAAUGAGGCUGACAAGUUGGAGAAUAAACGGAAAGCAAAAAAAGUGAGAUUCGAAGCAGAUGAAAAAGGCUCCGACUGCAUAUUACAUGGAUAUAUUAAGAAGCUUGGAGGACCGUUCGCAAGUGCAUGGCAAACCCGAUAUGCUAAACUUUAUCCAAAUCGUUUAGAACUUCAUCCUGAAUCAGCCACCAAAACUGAACUAGUUUUCUUAGAUCAGGUAGAGGAAGUUAGUAGCGACUUACAACAUGUUAAAGGCGAGCAAUGCAUCAUCGUUCGAACGAAAGAUGCCAAGAUUGUAUUGACCAAUCCUGAUGAGAUAAGUUUGAAGGAGUGGGCAAUCUCGCUACUUUCAGCGCACAAGGCCUCCGUAGAGAUGUUAGGUAAUAUGGCGCGCAAAGCGGGCAAAAUUUACGGUACAGACGUGGACAGUGUGAUACCGGCGAUACAGCGCUCGACAAACGGCAAUUAGCAGCCAUCGAGGAAUUCUCAUGAUUUCCACACCCUGGGUGUUCCCGUAGCAGCGGUCACGCGAUGUGAUGUUUUUUAUAUUAUCAGCGAGGGAUGAGCAUACACCGAGACGCGUCAACAGUGAUUUCGAGGAGGUGCUAGGUCAACGAGUGCAUUAGUUAAUGUGACGAGCAC